AUGGAUCUGACAGUUGCCCCAAACAAUUCUCAUCUCCUUCCCGCAACAGUAGCUAUCCUGCUCGAGGAGCCAGUAGUUAAUAUUGACAAGUUCAACAUGAGACGAUUAGAUGGAUUCUACUUGUUUGAAGGCAAGAAUGGCGAAAAUGGUAAUUAUCACCCAGUAGAUAAGCGAUCAGUUCAAAUAGCUGGUAUAGAAACCUCAGCGUUUCAAUUAGAUGAUAUGAGAGCCAUGGAAUGGCUUUAUCAGCUAGUGGCAAGAUGUGGGAAAAUCGACGCCAUGUAUUCCCAUGAGAAUACUAGAAAUAGAAAAGAUAGUAGAAUCAUCGUGUCAGUAGCUUUCGAAACAGAAGUGGCUGCCUUGCGAUGUUAUCAAUUGGCCAGCAACUACCAAGUAGGUGGUGUCCCUAUGCUUCUCGAGAUGACCCCACGGCAGUAUACAGCCCUUCACAGCUGGUUCACUACUCCGGAAAUCCUCCUCGGUCGACUCCACCCAGUAGACGAUACAGGCUUUCAAAUUGCUGAACGCUUCGAGAGGAAUCUCGGAGUUAUUCCAGUAGAUACCGGUAUAGCGCCAGUAGCACCGUUGGAGGUGAUUCCGUUCGGAGAUCUUCCGAACAAUCGAACCAUCUCCAUCUGGCGUGAACUUCGAUCGGAAGGGGAACUUCAACGAUAUCCAGGCGUCAAAAGCUUCUCUAUACGACAGGGGUGGUUCGAUCGAAAGUGGAUGGUUCACAAGGAGCUAGAAUUAGAUAAAAAGAUGCGUCAAGGUUCUUACCGGUCACUCCGAACUCAACCAGUAGGCACAUCCUUGAUCCAACCUGCUGUUGCCGGUCCCUCGGCGCAGCCAGUAGCUCAAAUCGGCAAGAAACUUCCUGUCAAGCCAAAACCCAUAACCGAAAGUAGAGCCAACGCAUGGAAUAGCUCAGCCACCCAUCAAGUAGAUCAAAGUCCAGAAGGUUACGGUAAACCUGUGGGAGAGACCGAAAACACGACGAUCUACUCUGGUAAUUUCAUUAGAUACAAAGAUAGUAACCGACUUCGAGUAGCUAAGAAAACGUUAGCAGAGAAAUUGGAAACGCCAUACCAAUGGCUCAAAGAAGUAGACUUCGACGAUGCAUUCGAGAAUCGUUACUUCGACGAUACGAGGAGGUUCCUUCAGAAGACUCACCAAGAUGUGAAGAAGAAUGGUAAUUUCGGUUGGGCUUUGGAUAACGAUCCAAGUCCAACAGGUAUCAACAAGCUAUUAGCUCAGCUGCCCCUGUCUACGCUCUAUAAAGCAGGAAUAAUCGACCAGCUGGAAGAUUCGAGUAGACCAUUUGAUCAACCAGUAGAUACCGAGGAAACUCAACAAGGAUUAGCGCGUAGACGGAUGGAGUUGGAGAAGAAAGAUAAUCUCUCGAGCAAUGAGAUAUCUUGGGGUAAGCUUAAGGUACAUUGGGGAGUGGGUUAUACUCCAACCGAACAGGAACCUCAAGUGUUGCCUAAAGCCAGUGGUAGUAGCAUGUCAUGUCGGCUACCUCCACGACAAGGUUAUUGGUAUAGGGAUUUACGUAAUGGAUAA